UGGCCGCUCUCACGUUCCUCUCUGGCGAGAGGGAGCCAGGCCGCUCACCAUGCAGCGUCGAUCCGCUAGUUGACUUUGCGCACGGCAACACGUACUGUAUAAAACAAAUAAAUACCAUUAAAGAUGGCUAAAAAGGGAAAAGCUAAAACUACCAGUGAGAGGAAAAAAAAUAAAAAGAUAAAAAAACGAAAAAUAGAGCAAUUAAUACAGGCAAAUGUAAAAGAAGACAAAAUGAUUAAACAGUUAGAAAAACGAUUGAAAUUAAACAAAAGGAAGAGUAAAUCUGUUCCUAAGUCUUUUGUUGCAGAUGGGUUAGAUUAUCUUUUGGAUUUUUGUGAUUCAGAGGAUAGGAAUCAUAUGGUAGAAACUGAGAAACAAUUGUUAGAAACUGGAUUGAGUGCAGAAUUUGAAGAAGAUUUGAACAUGGCUAUUAGUGAAGAUGAUAUUUCUUCAGAAGAAACAGACAGAAUAAACAUGAAAACAAAAAGUUAUCCAACAAAUGGUGAAGAUGAAAUAGAGAAUGAAGAGUCAAAACAUAGUGAUGCAUCAAAACAGUCAGAUGAUAGCAAAGGCUUGUGGGAGGAUAUUUAUGGUAGACAGAGAGAUAAAGAAGGCAAUGUCAUAGCAAAGAAAUAUGUGCCACCUGCUGCAAGUAUAAGUACAGAUAUCUCUGUUGACAGUGAAAAAGCUCGUAGAUUAGAAAGACAACUUAAAGGUAUUCUGAAUAGAUUGGCCGAGCAAAACAUGCAUACUAUUGCAAAUCAGGUGGAGGAGUUGUACAUGUCAAACAGUCGAAAUGAUAUGAAUAUAAUGUUAUCCAAGCUGAUGAUGGAAGCUAUAAUUGCACCAGUACUAACACCGGAUCGACUUAUCUCUGAACAUAUGAUGUUAAUUGCUGUAUUACAUGCAAAUGUUGGUACAGAAGUUGGUGCGCAUUUUCUGUUGACUUCUGUAAAAAUGCUUCAUCAGAUGUUAGGUGAAUCUCAUAGUAUCGAGAAUAAAGAGUUGGAUAAUAUAAUUCUUAUGAUCUCGCAUCUCUAUAAUUUCAAGGUAUAUGGUCAUCGUCUUUUAUAUCAGAUAUUAGAAAAACUGUCGGCAAAAUUCACAGAGAAAGAAAUUGAAUUAAUUUUGCUGAUUUUAAGGACAGUGGGCUUCCUGUUGAGGAAAGACGAUCCACUUGCAUUGAAAGAGCUUAUAUUAAAUUUACAACAGAAGGCGAGUAAUUCUACUCAGGAAAAUUCAAGGAUCAAAUUUAUGUUAGAUAUAUUAUUGGCGAUAAAAAAUAAUAAUAUGAGCAAAAUACCUCAAUAUGAUCCAACUUGGAUAGAACAUUUGAAGAAAAUUUUGAAAAAUUUUAUUCACAAAGGCUGUAAUGUUACACAAUUUAAUGUGACUCUAGAAGAUUUAUUAGAAGCCGAUGAGAGAGGAAAAUGGUGGGUAGUAGGAUCUGCUUGGUCUGGCCUCAAGGAUAUUGGUAAAUUAGAGAAAACUUCAGAGAACAAUCAACAAAAAUACAGUGAAAAAAUACUAGAAUUAGCACGAAAGCAGAGAAUGAAUACCAAUAUCAGAAGAGAUAUCUUUUGCGUUCUUAUGACAGCUGAAGAUUAUCUAGAUGCAUUUGAAAAAAUCCAUCAUCUUGGCUUGAAAAAUCAGCAGCAGAGGGAAGUAAUUUAUGUUAUCAUUAGUUGUUGUAUCCAGGAGAAAAGGUUUAAUCCUUAUUAUGCUAUAUUGGCACAGAAGUUGUGCGACGCUGAUAGGAAAUAUCAGUUAACUAUACAGUAUGCACUGUGGGAUAAGUUGAAGACAUUGAAUGAUUUAAACACCAAACAGCUAACAAAUCUGGCAAAAUUCUUGACUCACCUGUUUUUAGAAAAGGGUCUUCCUCUUUCCGUUUUGAAGAUAAUCCAAUUUACCGAGUUGGAUAAGCUUACUAUGAGGCUUGUACGACAAAUUAUGUUGGGAAUACUGUUACAUGAAAAUGGGGAGGCCUGCUUAGAAGUAUUCCAAAGAAUAUCGUUGUCUCCAAAGUUGCAGACUUUCAGAGAAAGUCUUAGAUUAUUUAUAAGUCAUUUUCUUGUAAAAAAUAUUUAUGCUGCUGAAAAUCUACAGAAACAGAGUACAUUAUUGCAAAAACGAACAGAAUUGGUAGAUCAAAUUUUAAAUGCUCGCGAUUCGAAAGUUAUAUUUUAAAAGUUUUUUAACACACACGUAUGCAUAUAUACGUAUAUAUACAUAAGAGAAUUGGAGAAUCAAGAUUUCCAACAACUGUAUAUAUCACUUAAGUAAAUGGCAACUCA